AUGGGUUUUCUUCACAAGCUUUGGGACGAAACGCUUGCCGGACCAACACCGGAUUCCGGCCUAGGAAAACUCCGCAAAGACAACUCUUCGUCCGCUGCCGCCACUAGUUCCGCCGAUGAUCUGCCGUCCGUUGUCAUUCCUCCACUACUUGAUAGUCAAAUCCCGAUUUCGAGGAGCAUAACUAUUCUCCGAACCAACCCUGGCUCGCCGCGUAACCGUAAUACUUCUCUUGACUCUGGAUCGGUCCCGAAUUCUCCUUCUGGUUCCAGCACUCCCACCUCGCCAUUUUCACCAAGUACCCCAGGUGGGAACUUUAAGAAAUUGACGAGGAGAAAAUCAACUUCGGCGUCAAUGCGUCAAUCUGAUCCAAAGAGUCCAACUGGUUAUGAUUGGAUUGUGCUAAGUGGUUUGGAUCGUUGA